AUGUCUUCACAACAGGCUGGACUGAUAGGCAGCAAUCCAUCCAGCAGAGGUCAAUUUAUCAUGUCUAGUAUAGAUGCAAUAAACCGAUUGCUGAGCACUCUCCUGAUGACUCCAGUGUUUCACCAAAACAAGAAGAAUAAGCCAAGUCAACAGGAGAGCAUCAGCUGUCGACGUGCCCUGGUGAAAAUACUGUGGUGGAAACUGGAUAACAUUUUGGGAUAUGGGUGUGCAUGUAUGAGUGUGUGUGAAAAGUUGGUAGAGGACGACGAAGAAUGGUUCACAGAGAUUACUGAUUCCCCCUUCCUCCUUUUUUUGUAUGAGAAGAGGGAAAUCUAUGGGCACACGUCCCUGCAUAUUCAGAUCCGGGGUAGAGUGUGGGAGAUGAUCCAGGCCUAUUCAGGAUUUUACCUAAUAGGAUUUUCUCAUCCCCCUCCCCCGCUUCCCUUACCUGCAGAUUUUGAGAAGCGAGGGAAGAAGGAAUCGUGUCCAGUGCUGGAUCAGUUUCUUGGUCAUGUUGCCAAGACUGGGGAGACAAUGAUUCAGUGGUCUCAGUUUAAAGGCUAUUUUAUUUUCAAACUGGAGAAAGUGAUGGAUGACUUCAGAACCUCUGCACCUGAACCGAGAGGCCCCCCUAAUCCAAAUGUGGAAUAUAUUCCCUUUGAGGAGAUGAAGGAGCGAAUCCUGAAAAUUGUCACUGGAUUUAAUGGUAUCCCCUUUACUAUUCAGCGACUUUGUGAGUUGCUGACAGAUCCAAGGAGGAAUUACACAGGAACAGACAAGUUUCUUAGAGGAGUGGAAAAGAAUGUCAUGGUUGUGAGCUGUGUAUACCCGUCUUCAGAGAAAAAUAAUUCCAAUAGUUUAAACAGGAUGAAUGGUGUUAUGUUUCCAGGAAACUCACCAGGUUAUUCAGAGAGAUCUAAUAUAAAUGGUCCUGGAACUCCCAGACCAGUAAAUCGGCCAAAGGUUUCUUUGUCGACGCCUAUGACAACAAAUGGUUUGCCAGACAGCACAGACAACAAAGAAUCAAGCUUGCAACAAAAGGAAGAAAAAACCCACAGUGAAUCACCAGCAUCUGAAUCAGAAGGUACUCAAGGCAGCCCUAUAAAAAAUAAGCAUCCUGAAGAUGAUCCUGUGGAAGCAGAGGGACAUGAGGUAAAAAGACUUAAAUUUGACAAAGAAGGGGAAGCAAGAGAGACAUCUAACCAAACUGCCUCGAGUGAAGUCUCCUCAGUCAUGGCAGAAGAGACUGAAACAUCUACAUCUCAGGAUAAAGAAAAAGAUACUAGCUGUGCCAGACAGCACUGUACAGAGGAAGAGGAAGAAGAGUCCUUCAUGUCCUCAAGAGAUGUUGCUCCAGAAAGAAAAAAUCAAGAAAAAGACACUGAAUCCUUAAGUGUGAAUGAAGAGAUCUCAGAGGAAAAUAAUCAAAUGGAGGAAUCUGACCAGUCUCAAGUAGAGAAGGUUUUACGUUCUGAAGACAGUGAAAGUAGUGGAUCUGUCAUUAGGGGAGCUGACUGCAAUGAAACUGAAGAAUUAGAAUCAUAUGCCAGUGAAACUCCUGAAACUUCAUCAGAGACCCCUAUGGAAAACAGUGAUGAAGCCACAGAAGCUGCAGAAGAACCAAUGGAGCAAGACUAAUAAUUUAAAUACACUUAGAUGCAGUAUUUUCCAUAAGGCUCUGAUUUUACACUGUAUAAAUAAUUUUAUGUAAUAAAGUGGACCUUUAGUUUUACAAGAGAAGCAGGCUGUAAAAUAAACUUCUCCAUGGAUUGAACCCUGAAGGAGUCAUACAUGUUAAGAACUGUGAAUACCAGCUCCUUCAGGUCCUGCUUACCGCUGACUUUUCGGUUUGGUCAAAUCAGUGGUUUGUGUAUAGUUUUUUUUAUUUAGAAUAAAAGUUUUUAAACUGGAAGGUGAUUAUAAUUUUGACAACUUUUUUGGAGAUUAUCACAUUUAGUUAUACGUAUGCAAGAAAGCUUAGUGUCUGGUCUUUCUCUGACAGCUAUAGCAGUUACUUCAUAAUUUGGUUACAGUUUCAACAUGUGAACCAUAAGGUUUCAUGCUGGUUUCCAGACUUUUGACUACAUACUGUGGAAUCUUAAAUUGUGUUUAAAAUGUUACUAUACACACACACACACUAUUCUAAGGGGGGAAAAUGUUAUAUUUUUCUGUUUCUACAAAAGAUGAAUACAGUGUACACUUUUUCUAUUGGAAAAGACUGAGUUCACCUCUCAAGGCAGUUUUUUGCCUCUUAAGAAACCAAAUAAAAUCUGGCCCAUAUGGAACACUGGACAUCCUAGCAUUAUUGUAAACACCAGGUUACACACAUUCCAAGAAAACUGUUCAGACUACAAUGCUUUUAUAUACUUCUGAGGUGCCUGAGUGAAAAGAUUUCAUUUGAGAAAAUGUGCUUUAUGUUGAGAACAAAGUAAUCAAAACUCGAGCUUAAACUUUUGUAGAUGGAACAUUUGCAAACUUGAUAACAAAUUGUCUGAAAAAUUGGACAGCUACCUGCCUUCAAGUGCUUCUCAGAGCAUUGUGAAUAUUAGAGGGUUUCUUUCAGAAUUAUUCAAAUGUAUGCAAAUGGCAUUGGUAGGGUACAACACUGUAUUAGAAGAAUUAAUAUAUUACCUUAGUUAUGUACCUGAGCUAAAUAACUAAACAUUUUAGGAGUGCAUAUAAAUCACCAUAAUUUAUAAAACAUUUUGGAAGUGAACUAAAUAUUUUUGAACAUGCUACUUUGACAGCCAGUGUUAUUUUUUUUUCAAACCAGCUCAAAGCACAACUACUGCUUUAAACUCACAAUCUUUUCAAAUUCCCAUAUUUAAAGACAUGCAAGCUGCAACCUCCCAGUCACAAUUACUGGUUGCCAAAUUUAUACCUGUUUCUUCAAUUGUACCUUUUUGAUAUUUAGAGUUUUUAAAUUUCUGUAGAUUUUUGUAGAUUGUAAUGAGUGCUCACUGCCAUUGUGAAACGGUAUAUAAUUGUAUAAUUUCUGUGUGUAAACUGAAUGCUUGGGCUUUCAAUACAGUAUUCAUAUAAAGCAAUAAAUAUUAAUGUUAUAAAACAUUCGAGUACAUUUUUAUCACAAUAUAAAAGGAUCCCGUUUUUUAGUUGAAGUUCAGAUUCCUGAAGUACAAAAAUGACCCCCAAAAACGCAUGCUUAACAGUAUCUUGUUACUAUGUGGUAUGCUUUAUAUAUAUGUUUGGGAAAAUACAGCUUUUGAAUAAUACCUGAAUAAUUUGGCUCAGUUUGUAUAUUUGUAAGGUAAUGUACUACUUACUGACUUUGUUGCCCAUCUAGUUCAAAGCUGACAGGAUGAGUUCAGGGGAGAGGCUUGCUUGGUUUUUUGUUUUGUUUUGUUUUUUUUUAAUAUAUUCUAGGGGUUAGUGUUCCCUGAACAGAAAUCAAACAUCCAUUUUUCUUUUUUGCUGAAGGAUAAGAUAUGUAUAAUAAAAAAUGAAAGGACUGCACCAACAUGUUGGAAUUAGGGAAGUUUUUUCAAAAAAUGACAGCUAGUGACAUCUUACUUUUUUGAAAAUAUUUUGCCAAUGAGAACAAAACUCAAUUUUUAAAAUUUAGAGAUUUCUGAAAUUUUCUUUAGAAUGUUUGUUUGUGAAAAUAUUGUCAAUAAACCUAUUCUUUAAACAUC